UCAGUUCAAGUUUCAACAGUCUGUCAGGCUUUGAGUGUUUAUCUGUGUUGAAGAUGAUUAUAGUGAUUCUGAAUGGCAAGGAAACAGUUUACUGUUCUCUGUUUAACAGUGUCUGUCUUUAUCUCACCCUUAACUCUCUCUCUCACUCUCUCUCUCUCUGUGUCAGAGGAGGUUGUUUGUGGUCAGGAAGUGCAAAUGUGUCUCAGUGCUGCUUGAGCAAAAGUCAUUGCAGAGCACAUCCGCCCUGUGUGUCUUUUAAAAGAGUUGAGUGGGCUUUACUGAGGGACACGGCUGAGGCUCUUGGAGAUUGUUGGUUGAAAAUUUUGUUCUGCGUGGGAGGAAACAGUGUCGAUCUCAAAAUGGAUGCCCUGCUCAUCACGGAGGACGAAGACUGAACCUAAGCCCUUCCUAAACUCCUCAUGAUGACGAUCUAAAUGAGAAGACUAUGGAGGAUAUUGCAGACUAUCAGGAAUCUGAGCCUUACCUGGAGGCUAAGCAGUACAUCGAGAGGAUGAAGCAGGAGAACGAAAAAAGCCUUGAGAUUGAGGGUGUCCCUAUGAAGAGCGUCGGACUGGACGUGUCAGAUCACGGGGUCUCUCUGACCGUGUACCCCGUCACCAUACCCUGUUCUCCUUUAUCUUAUGCCACUGUGCAGUGGGAUGCCCCUGAGACCACAGAAGAACCUCCGGCUCCUGGAUCGGACCGUGAACUAGACUCCGUUGACGAACCAGGGUUUGACUGGACGUUGAAUCUACCAUCUGAAGACCUCAGUUAUAUCCCAAAUCAGGAUGACAUUAUUGAUUUGCUACCUGAAGCCGAAUCACAAGCAGACGUCAGACUUGCAUCUUCCCAGGCAUGUGAUGCACAGAAAUCAGAUACACAAACACAAAUGGCACCUUCACAUGAGGAGUCCUCCACAUCUUUUGCAGAUAUUGAAGAUUCCAGAGCAGAUGUGACUGAAGAUGAUUUUGAACCUGAUGGCGCUCAGAUCUUUAUGGACACAAGAGACUCAGAGAUUGAGCUAGUUCAAGAGAGAUCACAGUCGCAAGAAGAGGAGGAACCCGGCAUGUUAGUCCUUCCCAAACUAACGUUCACGCAUGAGGAAAGCACAGAAGAAGGAAGUGAAGAGCAAACACAAGAGUGGGCUGAGACCGAAGUGAACGGAGAAUCAGCAGAUGCAAGAACCGACAUUCAGGAUCAGAUUCAAGAAUCUGACGAUGUGGAAAAAGAAGAGUCAAGUCCUACAGAGGUCCAGUCUGAUCAGUCACAGGACACCAUCAUUACAAGCCGAACAGAACCAGCAGAGCAGCUGUCGGACCUCACCAACAUUUCGGUGGGACUUGAGGAAGCAAUACUGACACAAGAGAUGAGCACAUCUGUUACAGAUGUGACAGAGAUGAGCCAGAAUAAUGACAUUCAGGGCUUAGACCUCUCAGAGCAGGUCAACAAACAAGACCAAGAAAAAUAUAUAGAACAGAUGGUAAAUACAGAGCAAAAGGCUGAACCUGAAAAUGGGCUGCCAGAAGAAGCACAAGAGUCUGAGCUGGAAGAGCCAGACGAGAGCGAAUCUUCGGAGCAGAUCCAAUGUUCGGAUGAGCAGAAACCCUGCGAGCAGACACCACAAUCAGAGAUGGAGCCACCAGAGUGUCCGGACCCGUCCAUUGACCUGAAACAUGUGGCAGACGAGGCACAACACGAACAGGAUAUGACAUCAGUGCACCAUAUGACAGAGGAGGUGCCUGUUCUGGACACAAACCCCGCGGGUCCCUGCAUUAACGGCAGUGCUGAGAUGGUGAACAGGGCCGAGGCUCAACGCUUGGCUGAGAGGCUCUACAGAUUGGACGGUUUUCAGCGUACAGAUGUGGUCAGGCAUCUAGACAAAGACAACGACUUCAGUCGUGCUGUUGGGGAAGAGUACCUGAAGUUCUUUGACUUCACCAGGCAAAGUCUGGAGCAAGCGCUCCGGUCAUUUCUGAAGGAGGUGGUUUUGACCGGUGAGACUCAGGAGCGCGAGAGAGUCCUGCAGCGCUUCUCCUCUCGUUUCCAGCAGUGUAAUCCUGACACCUUCUCUUCAGCGGGAUCGGUGCUCACGCUCACAUGUGCCGUAAUGCUGCUUAACUCAGACCUGCAUGGACAGAAUGUCGGGAAGCCCAUGUCCUCGGCUGAAUUUGUGUCAAAUCUGGAGGGCAUGAAUGGAGGCGAGAAUUUCAGCAAGGACUGUCUGAAGAGUCUCUACAGCUCCAUCAAGACCGAUCCGCUUCAGUGGGCCUGUGUGAGUAAACCAACCUGCAGUGCUGAACUGACUUCAAAUGUUGAUCUGCUGUUUUAUCUGAUUUAUCCUUGUUCCUAGAGAGGAUGAGGUUCUG